CCUCCUCUCUGCGCUUCCUCCUCCUCGGUUGUGCUUUCAUCGGACAGCUAAGCAGCGGCGUUGCGCACCUUUGAACCUACGAACCCCGGGGAAGCAGCUGUGCAACUCAAUUAAUCAAACUAUUCAAGCGGAGGAAAAAAUAAAUACUCAGGAAGCAUGACGAGCUACCACAAGCCCGAUGAGAAAACCCUGCAGGGGCUGAAAGACGCCGCCAAUAAGCUCAGGAUCAACUCCAUCAAGGCGACAUGCGCCUCUAACUCUGGUCACCCCACAUCAUGUUGCAGUGCAGCGGAGCUCAUGUCGGUGCUCUUUUUCAACACCAUGCGCUACAAACCAGACGACCCUCGCAACCAGUGCAACGACCGCUUUGUGCUCUCAAAGGGUCAUGCUGCACCUAUCCUGUAUGCUGCAUGGGCAGAGGCUGGUUUCGUGAAGGAGUCUGAUCUGCUCAACCUGCGCAAGAUUGACUGUGACCUGGAGGGGCACCCCACACCAAAAUUGGCCUUUGUUGACGUGGCUACAGGAUCUCUGGGACAGGGUCUUGGGGCUGCCUGUGGGAUGGCAUACACUGGCAAACACUUUGACAAAUCAGGAUACCGUGUGUACUGCAUGAUGGGUGAUGGCGAGUGUUCAGAGGGCUCGGUGUGGGAGGCCAUGGCCUUUGCCUCCUACUACAAGCUGGACAACUUGGUGGCUAUCAUGGAUGUCAAUCGGCUCGGUCAGAGUGAAGCUGCACCUCUGAAGCACGACAUGGACACCUACCGCAAGCGCUGUGAGGCCUUCGGGUGGAACACAUUUGUUGUUGAUGGACACGAUGUGGAGGAGCUGUGCAAAGCUUUCUGGCAGGCUAAGCAGGUGAAGGGCAAGCCCACUUGCAUUGUCGCCAAGACGUUUAAGGGCAAAGGACUCAAAAAUAUUGAGGAUCUUGACAACUGGCAUGGAAAGCCCAUCCCCAAGGACAAGGUGGACAGCGUCCUGAAAGACCUGCAGGCCCUGAUCCAGGUCCCCAACAAGUCCCUGACCCCGGAGCUGCCCAAAGACGACACCGCACCCGCAGACCUUAGCACCAUCUCCCUGCCUUCACCCCCAGCAUACAAAAAGGGAGACAAGAUGGCAACAAGGCGUGCAUACGGCAUUGCACUGGCCAAACUUGGUGAGGCAAGCAAGAGGGUGGUGGCCCUCGAUGGAGACACCAAAAACUCCACUUUCUCAGAGACAUUCAAGAAGGCCUUCCCCGACCGCUACAUCGAGUGCUUCAUCGCUGAACAGAACAUGGUGGGAGUGGCGAUUGGCUGUGCCACACGUGACCGCACGGUAGCGUUUGCCAGCACUUUUGCCGCCUUUUUCUCCAGAGCCUACGACCAGAUCCGUAUGGGAGCCAUCUCCCAGUCCAAUGUCAACCUGGUGGGUUCCCACUGCGGAGUCUCUAUUGGUGAGGACGGUCCGUCCCAGAUGGCCCUAGAGGACUUGGCCAUGUUCCGUGCCAUUCCAACAUGUACUGUGUUUUACCCCAGUGAUGCAGUGUCCACAGAGAGAGCUGUUGAGCUGUCAGCCAACACCAAGGGCAUCUGUUUCAUCCGUACCAGUAGACCAGAGACUGCAGUCCUCUACUCUCCAGAUGAGAAGUUUGAAGUGGGAAUAGCCAAGGUUGUGCGCCAGUCUGACAACGAUUGUGUGACUGUGGUUGGAGCUGGUGUUACUCUGCAUGAGGCCCUCACUGCUGCUGAUAUGCUGGCCAGUGAAGGGAAGAACAUCCGUGUGAUUGACCCAUUCACCAUCAAGCCCUUGGAUGCCGCCACCAUUCUGACCAGUGCCAGAGCCACAAGGGGACAGAUCAUCACUGUGGAGGACCACUACAAGGAGGGUGGUCUUGGUGAAGCUGUUCUUGCAGCAGUGGGCAAAGAGCCUGGCAUCAUUGUGACCCGGCUGGCAGUGUCCGGUGUUCCCCGCAGCGGAAAGUCCGAAGAGCUGCUGGACAUCUUUAAAAUCAGCGCCAAGCACAUUGCCGACGCCGUGCGUCAGACCUUUGCAAACUAAGGACUGCACCUGAGUCUUGCUUGCUGCUCUGUUCCAUCACAAACAACUCUCUGCCCAACUUACAGCUACUUGGCCUGUUCUCGUGAAGACCUGUUAACUUCUGUGCCCAAGUGCCGUCUUCUAGGUUUGACUCGAGUGAAGUGCGUUAACCCCGUAUUAUCAUCGCUACCACAGAUUGAGAGGGAUGGGAAUAGGAGCGCAGUGUUGUAAAAGUUUAGCGUCUGGUCACCUCUUCUCCCGAUGGGUUCCUCUGCAACAAUUCCUUUCUUGUAUCCUCACAAUACUGUCUUGAAAGCAGCUCAUACAAAACCAUCACUGAAUACUGUAUAUGUGGUAUUUGACUGAUUUAAAAACCAUACCGGAAGCAGACCCGGUUUUGAUCCAUCGUAAACUGUCAGGCCACUACUUCUGUUUAGCAUUCCAAUCCUUUCUUUUUCACAUUCCUUACAACCAUGCCUCAUGUCUUCUCACUUGUCUGGCAUUCAUGCCACCUUUUUUUAUUUUCAAGAAACUUUGUUACAGCUCUGUCAUAAGUCUUAUUCACUAGAUCAGUUUUGUAGACUUUUGAUGCUUAAACCAGUUUUAGUUAUGAGCAGUUUGACCAUUCAUCUUCCUGUGUUCUGGCCACAUCGGCAUCGUAAAGUAACUGGUGUUCCAGGUCACUGGUGUCAUCCCGUUGUACCUGUGUUGUGCUGAAUUAAAAAGAAUUA